CUGUGCCACAAGAAGCGAAGCUGCGCUGUGGGAAGCAUUGUUCUACUGUUUUUGCGAUCUUUAGCAAGUCUAAGUGCCAGUAAUCAAGAUGCCCAUGAUGUGUGGAGGAACCAGUGAAUCUAAACCAGCCACCGAUGAAGUGCAGCAGAUAUGUAACAAGGUUAAGCCUAAGGCAGAAGAACAUGCUGCCAAGACUUUUGCUGUAUUCGCUGCCAAGGAGUUCAAGACACAGGUAGUGGCAGGUACAAACUACUUCAUAAAGGUCCAUGUUGGAGGAGAUGAGUAUUUGCACCUCUGUGUUCACCAGCCUCUUCCUCAUGAAAACAAACCAGUGAGCUUACACAGUGUGCAGACCAACAAGACUCAGCAUGACGAGAUUGUGUAUUUCUAACUCCUGAAAUCAGGACCAGAGAAUGCCAAGCUGAAGAGAUGUGCGGUUUAAUAAAUUGUACCAAUGUAGGGUGUGAGAUGGUUCAAGCUUGUCUUCUGAAUAAAAUCUGUUUUCUGAUA